CGUAAGUUUGCGCAGAGAGCAAGUUUGCUCGCAGCUGAAUCGGUGCUGCGCGUUUCAGCCGCUUCCCCGCCCCGCACCGUCUCCUCCCCCGUCGCGUUUCUUCGGGUUUACUUUGUGGGGGACGGGCUGCUGGGCGUCCCUGGCUUUCUCUGUAUCCCUGGUAGGGAAUGUGUGGAAAUGGCCGGUGACAGGAGCCCCGGGGUCUUCUUGUGCCGGCGACGCUUCGGGCUCCUGCUGCUAGCCACGGCGGCGGCCGGACUGUGCGGCGGGGUCUCGGCAGUCAAGAAUCCCAGCUGCCACGAAGUGAGGACGGCGUUUCAGAUCCGGCAGAUCGGUCCCCUCAAGCUGGUUCCCGACGUGCCCACAGCUGAUUCGAAUUUACAGAUUUGCCAACACAGAGCACCAACAUGUUGCACUAAGAAGAUGGAAGAAAGCUAUCUAGCAGCUGUCCGGAGAGAGAGAAUGGAGAAUAUCCAGACUCUAAAUUUUGAACUGAAAUAUAUGAUUGUUGGUCACAUCACGGCUUUUCAAGCGGCCUUUGAGUCCUUGCUUCGCUUUGCUGAGAACCAUACGACCUCCCUGUUUGAGACUGUCUACAGAUCCAUGUCAAAGGAGGCAGCUGAGCCAGUCAAGGAGCUCUUUACGGACAUCUCUCUCUACCUCUUGGGUGCUCAGACCAGAGUGGAAAGAGCUUUUUUCCGGUUCUUUGACAGCCUGUUCCCUUUGGUUUACAGCCGCCUAAUAAAUCCAGGAAUUACGGAUUUGUCUGAAGAGUACACAGAAUGCCUGCGGCUUACGCGGCAAGAUAUAAAUCCAUUUGGACGCUAUUCUAAAGAAACAGUUACAGAGCUGGCAAAGUCUCUCAGGGCAAGCAGAACAUUCAAUCAGGCCCUAAGUAUGGGCAUCGAAGUGCUGAAUGCCACCGAGCAUGCCACCUUGACAAAGGAAUGUAGCAGGGCACUAGUGAAGAUGCAGUAUUGCCCUCAUUGUCAAGGCCUGACGCUAAUAAGGCCCUGCGAAGGAUAUUGCCUAAAUGUAAUGAGGGGCUGUUUUGCCAGUGUAUCUGAACUGGAUGCUCAGUGGAGGGAAUAUAUUUAUACCCUGGAACAUCUCACAAAUGAAAUGGCUGGAGCUCAUGAUCUGGAAUUGGUGCUUUUGGGUAUCCGGUAUUCAAUCAACGAGGCAAUCUUGCACGCACAGCUGAAUGGGCCACAGCUGUCCGCCACGGUAGAUAAAGUCUGUGGACAGCCUGAAGAAAAAGAAGUGAAACCUUUGCCUGACAACAUAGUUCAAGCAAAGGAAAUAAUUGAGACACCAUCUCUCACAAUGGCACACUCAUCUACCCUGAGCAAUAAAAGGAGUUCUCUGCCUCUGAAAGCUUCAAAGAAUGACAAAUCCAGAAGUUUGAAAAAAAUGUCCCGGGAAUUCAUCAACUACAUGAAACGAUCCAGAACUCUUUAUGGGUCUUUAACAGAAAGACUCUGUGAUGGGGAUCUCGUGAUGAAAGACAGCUCAACCUGCUGGAAUGGCGAGGAUGUUGUAGAAAGUUAUACAAGCAGAGUGGUUACCAAUGGACUAAAGGCACAAAUUAAUAACCCAGAAUUGAAAGUCAAAGGAUUGGACCCACACAUCAGUAACCUAAUUGAUAAACUGCAACAUUUUAAUCAGCUUGCAACGGAGAGGACAAAUUUAAAACCAGAAAGAUGGGGCAUCAGGGAAGGUGGCAGUGGGAAUGGAAUGAAUGAAGAGAUGGAAUCAAGUGGAGACUGUGAUGAUGAAGAUGGAUGUCAAGGAUCAGGUGGCAAGAUCUACACAAAAGAUGUUCUCGGAGUGAUUCCAGGAGAAAAGAGUGAACCCAAAACAACUGUGAAAAAGAUGGACACCAUAACCACAGUUACAGUAAAAUCAUCUACUAAACAGAACGAAGACAGAAAUAUGGCCAAUCAAGUUUCCACUUCCUUCCUCAUCAUUAUUACAGCCCUAACAGUUUUGUGGCAACCUUUGUCAUAGCUGCAUUACACUGCAGUAACUGUGCAAAUUCUGCUCACUGUCAUUUAUACCUACAGCCUUAUCCAAGUGAAAACAAAGCUAAGUGGAUCUCUAAAUUGUGCGCUCUAGUAUUAUGUGAUAUGUUAGUAUAAGUGCUAAAUAUUAGUCUGGGACUGGCUAACAGCAAGCAUCAGUAUGUACACAGUGUUUUGGAGAUGGUUCUUGCUAACAUCUCAUCUACUCAAGAUGUAAAAAGGAUGAAGAGAAGAAAGCUGAGUAGAUUAAGUUAUUGUGAUAGAUACAAUUAAGAAUGUUAAAGAUGUAAAUUAAUAUGUUGGCAAUUUCCCCCGCCCCCUUUUUACUCAUUGGAUAAUGGACUGUUGUCUAUUUAAUCUUUCAUAUGAGUUCCAUUGAAUAAUCAGAUUUCAGGUACAGGUCAAUAAUGUUGUAUCUGUAGGGAUCAGCCACUAUAUUAUAAGCAAAGUACAGCACUAUCUCUACCCAUUGGAUAAAAUCCAAAGUAGUCAAGAAAAUCAUAGCAUGUUUGAACCUUUCUUUCUUUAUGUUUAGAAUGUAGAAAGCAAUAUAAGAACCAUAUGCUGUGUUUAAUGUAUCAGUAGAGUUGCCUUAAUCAUUUAGCAACAUGUAGACACACUGUCCAAGUUAUUUUGAAACAUACAGAAGUGUUUCCCUACCUAUGUAUUUCAUUACCAUGUGCUUAAGACUUUACUAUGUUGUGAAUGUCUAACAAAUGAAAAAGAGGGAAGGGAGAGCAUUACAUUGUUAUAGUGCCUGGAUGUUGUAACAAUGGAGAUAGCCAAAGCCCAGGUCCAGAGGUCCUGAUACACAGCCUGGAAUCAGUCAGCCAGUGCCCAUCAUAAGGGCCUGUUCAGACAACAUGCUAAGCCAUGGUUAGGGCUGCUAACCCUUUUGCAGCAAGUGGUUAGUGAGCAUGGUUCGACUGUGGUUAUGUAGCCACCAUGGUUAAGAAAACCACCAUUCACAUGACACGCUAAAUGCUAAACUAUCAUGGCUUAGCGUGUUGUCAGAACAGGUCCACAGAGGUGUUCGCCAUUGUUAGAGCUUUCAGGGCCAACCACCUGUCUGUGCAUGACCUCAACCCAGGAAAAUGUACUCACCAUCCCUUUUGCACACAUGAGGUGUGAUCCAGAAGUGGAUCGGUCUAUGGAUUGUCCUUGCUGAAUUGGAGCAAAUGUUUACAUCUAGGUACCAGAAAAAUAACAGUUAUCCCUGUUAUAUCCCCAAAAGGGGUACCGAUGCUCUGUAGAUCUCUGGUGUGCAGCAUGUCCUAUAGUUGCUAUUUAAUGACAAUGUUUUAUUGUGCUGUGAUAGGAAAAAUAACUAUGAAACAAACAUCACCCUAGAAUGAUACAUUUUCUUAUUUGCUAUUUUCCAUGUUAUUGUAAUGAGGGUGUUUUAAUUAUUUUAAAAAAUGAUGUGUUUUAUAGUGUGACAAGGAGUUACAAUACCACCAUUAGAUGGGAGAGAGCUAAUACAUGUAUUUUUGACAACUGUUUUUACAAUGUCAUUGAAAAUCUAUACACUACAAUAUGAGUAGAAUUAAUAAUUAUAACUGUCAUUAUGUCUCAGAUUUCUAUUUACUACCAAGCCAAUAAUUCACAUAACUGAAGAGUUUUCAUGAUACAGAAUAUUACAGUGUACAGUUUUAUAAGAUAUAAUGUAAAAUAUUUGCCUUGGGUGGGUGGGUGUGCGCGUGAGGGUGUGAAAUGUGUGUACAAGCAAUUACUUCAGUAAAUUGAUUUACAUACAAUCUGUACUCAGUCUAGUGCAUCAGUCCUAGUAGGAUGAAAGUGUAAGGCAUAACUAGAGAACUGUUCUUUGUAGCUGCUGGAGUUAGAUGUCACAUAAAAUUCUUUGCCUUCAAUGGCUGCCGAAUUUACUUUGGUGGCCCAUCCAAUGCACACAUCCCUCAUGCUCAUGAUGUUUCAUGUGUGUUGAGCAUACUUAAGUUAAUGCAUCAUGAAACACUGCCUUUAGUCUCUUAUUAUUAGAUUAGUAUCUUAUUAUUAGAUGCCCUUCUCUUCAUGUUUUAAAAUUUAAGGUCAUGACCCAGCCAAUCGUAAGCACUUUUGUCAAAUUGAUUAUGAGUGAAAAAUGUUGAGACAGUACAUCCAAAAGCCUUUAAAUAAAUAGACAAAUUAUGAGAGUGCCAUAUG